GGCAGGGACAAUGGCCAUCACAGGGCUUGGGAACACAGUGCAGAGCUUUAGCACUGAAGGCUAGCAUCUUGAAAGGUCCUCCCCGCUCUUGGCUGACCAAGACUAGCUUGGAAGGCUCUUCCCUCUCCCGGGAAAAUGGGGACUGAUGGUGAAAACCCGAUCCUGAGGAGUGUGGUCAUCAGCUUCAACUUGCUCCUGCUGGGCGCUGUCCUCAAGCCGUUUGAGUGCCGCCUGGAGGUGACGACAGAGCCGGCCCAGAGGACAGCGGUGGAUGAGGCAGCUGGCCUCACCAACUGCAGCCCACCCACCAAAGAGCAGCCCAUGGUCUUCCACCACAUCUACAACAUCAACAUCCCCCUGGACAGCUGCUGCUCCUCCAUGUUCAAGUCUUCGGGCGAGGAGGUGAGUUCAGAAGACGACCGGCUGGCAGAGUACACGGAGCAGACCUCCGACAGCGAGAGCCAGGUCACCUUCACCCACAGGAUAAACAUGCCCAAGCAGGCCUGCAAGUGCUCCACCUCCCUCCCAUCCCUGCAGGAGCUGCUGAGCAGGAUUGAGAUGCUGGAGAGGGAGGUCUCCAUCCUCCGGGACCAAUGCACCUCCAAUUGCUGCCAAGAAAAUGCAGCCACAGGGCAGCUGGAUUACAUCCCGCAGUGCAGCGGCCACGGGAAUUUCAGCCUGGAGUCGUGCAGCUGCGUGUGCAUGGAGGGCUGGGCGGGCAGCAACUGCUCGGAGCCGCUGUGCCCGGGGGGCUGCUCCAGCCGCGGCGUGUGCCUGGAGGGACAGUGCAUCUGCGACAGCGACUACGGCGGCGAGGACUGCUCCCAGCCGCGCUGCCCCGCCGGCUGCGGCUCCCGCGGGCUCUGCGUGGACGGCGAGUGCGUGUGCGAGGAGGGAUUCACCGGGGACGACUGCUCGGAGCUGCGCUGCCCCCGCGACUGCUCGGGCCGGGGCCGCUGCGUGAACGGCACCUGCGAGUGCCACGAGGGCUUCGCCGGGCACGACUGCGGCCGGCAGCGCUGCCCCGCCGGCUGCGGCGGCCGCGGGCUCUGCCGCGACGGGAUCUGCGUCUGCGAGACGGGCUACGGCGGCCACGACUGCUCCGAAGUGUCUCCCCCUGAGAACCUGCGGGUGACGGGGAUCAGCGACAGCUCCAUCGAGCUGGCCUGGGACAGCCCCGGGGCAGCCACUGAGUACGUGGUGUCCUACCAGCCUGCCGUGCCAGGGGGCACCCAGCUCCAGCAGAGGGUGCCUGGGGACUGGAGCAGCAUCACCAUCACGGACCUGGAGCCAGGCGUUGCCUACAAUGUCAGCAUCUAUGCAGUCAUCAGUGACGUCUUCAGCAGCCCCGUCACCUCCAGGGUGAUGACCAACCUUGCCACACCACAGGGGCUGAAGUUCAAGACCAUCACAGAGACAACAGCAGAGGUGCAGUGGGAGCCCUUCUCCUUCCCCUUGGACGGCUGGGAGAUCAGCUUCAUCCCCAAGAACAACGAGGGUGGUGUGAUUGCCCAGCUCCCCAGCACCGUCACCACCUUCAACCAGACGGGGCUGAAGCCAGGGGAGGAGUACACUGUCACCGUGGUGGCCCUGAAGGAACAAGCCAGAAGCCCUCCCACCUCUGACAGCGUCUCAACCCUCAUCGACGGCCCGACGCAGAUCCUGGUGCGGGACGUCUCGGACACGGUGGCCUUCGUGGAGUGGAGCCCCCCUCGCGCCAAGGUGGACGCCAUCCUGCUGAAGUACGGGCUGGCGGACGGGGAGGGCGGCAGGACCACCUUCCGCCUGCAGCCCCCCCUCAGCCAGUACUCCCUGCAGGCCCUGCGCCCCGGCGCCCGCUACCACCUGGCCGUCAGCGCCCUGCGCGGCGCCAACGAGAGCCGCCCCGCCUUCGCUCAGUUCACCACAGAGAUCGACGCCCCCAAGAACCUGCGGGUGGGCUCGCGGAGCCCCGCCAGCCUCGAGCUCACCUGGGACAACAGCGAGGCCGAGGCACACAGCUACAGGGUGGUGUACAGCACCCUGGCCGGGGAGCACUACCACGAGCUCCUGGUGCCGCGCCACGCCGGCCCCACCACCCGCGCCACCCUCGCAGAUCUGGUGCCGGGAACAGAGUAUGGCAUUGGGAUUUCAGCCGUGAUGGACAGCCAGCAGAGCGUGCCAGCGACCAUGAAUGCCAGGACCGAGCUUGACAGCCCGCGGGACCUGCUGGUGACAGCCUCCACUGAGACGUCCAUCUCGCUGGCUUGGACCAAAGCCACGGGUCCCAUCGACCACUACCGUGUCACCUUCACCCCCGCCUCGGGAAUGGCCUCGGAAGUGACAGUGUCCAGGGACGAGUCACAGCUCACACUCUCAGAGCUGGAGCCCGGCACAGAGUACACCAUCUCCAUCAUCGCUGAGAGGGGGCGGCAGCAGAGCCUGGAGGCCACCGUGGAUGCCUUCACAGGUGUUCGGCCCAUCUCCCAGCUGCACUUCUCCCAGCUGACAUCCUCCAGCGUGAAUGUCACAUGGAGUGACCCCUCCCCACCAGCAGACCGCCUCAUCCUCACCUACAGCCGCCGGGACGAGGAGGAGGAGGAGGCCCAGCAGGUCACACUGGAUGGCACCCGCAGGCACACCAGCCUGACGGGCUUGCAGCCAGCCACAGAGUACCUGGUGUCCCUGGUGGCCGUGCAUGGCACCAUCAGCUCUGAGCCUGUCGUGGGCUCCAUCACUACAGGGAUUGAUGCGCCAAAGGACCUCAGGGUGGGCAAUGUCACCCAGGAGUCCAUGAUGGUCUACUGGAGUGCUCCCAUCACUGCCUUUGACCACUACAGGAUAUCCUACCGUGCUGCUGAAGGAAGGACAGACAGCAUGGCCAUCUCCAGGGAUGCCACUGAGUACACCCUGCAGGACCUGCAGCCUGCCACCAAGUAUGAGAUUGAGCUGAAGAGCGUGCGGGGCCGGGAGGAGAGCGAGCUGGCCUCCAUCACUGCAUACACAGCCAUGGAUGUCCCCCUGGGGGUCACAGCCACCAACAUCACUCCCACGGAGGCGCUGCUGCAGUGGAACCCACCGCUGUCAGAGGUGGAAAGCUACGUGCUCAUCCUCACACGCCGUGCAGUUGCAGGAGAAACAAUUCUCGUGGAUGGAGACAACCAGGAGUACCAGCUGACCAACCUGCUGCCCAGUACCACCUACACAGUGUCUAUGUAUGCCACCAGUGGGCCUCUCACCAGCCAGACCAUCAGCACCAACUUCACCACUCUUUUGGAUCCUCCAACCAAUCUGACAGCCAGUGAAGUCACGCGACGGAGCGCCCUGCUGUCCUGGGCUCCUCCCGUGGGAGAGAUUGAGAAUUACAUCAUGACCUACAGAUCCACCGAUGGCAGCAGGAAGGAGCUGAUUGUAGAUGCAGAGGACACGUGGAUCCGCCUGGAGGGGCUUUCUGAGACCACGGAGUACACGGUGCACCUGCAGGCUGCCCAGAACGCCGUGCGCAGCGGCCUCGUCUCCACCACCUUCACCACAGGAGGGCGUGUGUUUGCUAACCCUCAGGACUGUGCCCAGCACUUGAUGAACGGAGACACGCUGAGCGGGGUCUACACCAUCUCCAUCAAUGGGGACCUCAGCCAGCGGGUGCCCGUGUACUGUGACAUGACCACUGAUGGAGGGGGCUGGAUUGUGUUCCAGCGGCGGCAGAACGGGCUGACCGAUUUCUUCCGGAAAUGGGCAGAUUACCGCGUUGGCUUUGGAAACCUGGAGGAUGAGUUCUGGCUGGGCUUGGACAACAUCCACAAGAUCACGUCCCAAGGGCGCUACGAGCUGCGGAUAGACAUGAGGGAUGGCCAGGAGGCAGCAUAUGCCUACUAUGACAAGUUCUCCAUUGGUGACUCCAGGAGCCUCUACAAACUGCGCAUUGGGGACUACAAUGGCACUUCAGGAGACUCCCUCACCUAUCACCAGGGACGCCCCUUCUCCACCAAGGAUAGGGACAAUGAUGUUGCUGUGACCAACUGUGCCAUGUCCUACAAAGGGGCCUGGUGGUACAAGAACUGCCACCGCACCAACCUCAACGGCAAGUACGGAGAGUCCCGGCACAGUCAGGGCAUUAACUGGUACCAUUGGAAAGGCCACGAGUUCUCCAUCCCCUUUGUGGAAAUGAAGAUGCGACCUUACAACCACCGUAACAUCUCUGGGAGGAAGAGACGGUCCCUACAGCUCUGAGCCAGCUGAACCCCUCCUGCCUCCCACCACCUGACCUUUUCUGUCAUUUGUUUGUAUUUUAUAAUAUGAAAAGGGAAAAAAAAAAGUUACUACUCGUCUGAGAUAGCAAGCUGCCCCUCACAAGUGCUGGAGGGAACCAUGGCACGAGGAAAGGCCAUGGAAAAGGAAAGACCUCAUUGCUUUGCAUCUGUCCCAGAGAAAUACCAAAUUUCCAGUCUCCCUAUCCCAAUACUCUGGCCCUUAACAUGAGAAGAAAGAGAAAGAGACAGAUUUUUUGAUAUUUUUUUAAAAUACAUAGAAAUCCCUAGCAAACCCUGUUAGAGAUGUUUGUCACAGGGCUUGUGGCAGAAACCCUCCCCACAGGUACCUUGGUGUGGCCAUUUCCAGCCCAGCCAUGGCCAGGGAUGCCCGUCCUCUCCCCGCCUCCCUGUCCCCUCCUGGCAGGGAGGUCCCAAGCUUCGUGCCAUCCUGUAGACACCAACUCUUCCAGCAGGCAGAGGCCCAUCUCUCCCCUGUGUGCAGGCUCUGGACACCUGGGGACCAAGUGAGGAUGAGCAAAGGCUCCUCCCAUCCCCAGGAGGGCUUGGCAAAUAUCUGCAUAUGUAGGCAAACUGCAGAGAGUCCACAGCUCAUGUGUUGGUCCCACCACAAAGUCAUCCUCGUGUGCAUGAGGUGUAUGGGAAUAAGAAUUACUCCACCAGCCCCAACCUUCAUUAUCCACUCCUCCAAGCUGAACUCAGCCCACUCCAGGUCCAUGACAUCUGCCUGGGUUAUGCUGAACUUGAUGGAGAAGAAAGGACUUAAAUUAGAAGACCUGGGAGAAGAAUUCCUACUUGUGGUCCUGAAAUCUAGGACCCAUUCCCUCUGUUAUUUCUACAUUCCAUCAUGCUCUCUCUCACUGAGGUCACUGGUCCCAAACAAAAGAGUCUCAGAGGAGGAGCAGCAAUAAGAAGAUAUCACAGAACUGCAGCCCAACCUGAAGCCAGCAGCUGUCACAGCUCAGGUGCUCCUGUCCAUGGCCCUCCACCCACACAGGGAAUUAUGGCAAUGCAGCUAAGGCAAGAGAAGUGCAAGCUGAGGAAUGCCCAUUUCCUUCCUUCUCCUACACCAUCCCUCUUCAAUGCCAGCACAA